UCUAGCCUCUCUGCUUUGCUUUGCAAGCUCUGAAGAAAACUGAGGAGGAGGUAAGACAUGGUUUCACUCAAGCUCCAGAAGCGGCUCGCCGCCAGCGUCCUCAAGUGUGGUCAGGGUAAGGUGUGGCUUGACCCCAAUGAAGUCAGCGACAUCUCCAUGGCCAACUCUCGCCAGAACAUAAGGAAGUUGGUUAAGGAUGGGUUCAUCAUCAGGAAGCCCACCAAGAUUCAUUCCCGCUCUCGUGCCCGUCGUAUGAAGGAGGCCAAGAGGAAGGGUCGUCACUCUGGAUACGGUAAGCGUAAGGGUACCAGGGAGGCAAGGCUUCCAACCAAGAUCCUCUGGAUGCGCAGGAUGCGUGUCCUCAGGAGGUUGCUGCGCAAGUACCGUGAGGCAAAGAAGAUUGACAAGCACAUGUACCAUGACAUGUACAUGAAGGUCAAGGGUAAUGUUUUCAAAAAUAAGAGAGUGCUCAUGGAGAGUAUCCAUAAGUCUAAGGCUGAGAAGGCAAGAGAGAAGACUUUGUCUGACCAAUUUGAGGCCAAGAGGGCCAAGAACAAGGCUAGCAGGGAGAGGAAAAAUGCUAGGAGGGAAGAACGUUUGGCUCAGGGACCUGGAGAGAGGGUACAAGCACCAGUUGCUGCUGCUCCCGAAGCCCCUGCUGCGGUAGCUCAAUCCUCACAGGCAUCUAAGAAAUCCAGGAAGUGAGUCCUAUGAAGAUAACUGAUAGAUGGGUUAUUGUUGAAGAUCCAUGUGUUUUAAGUUGUUUGAAUAGGCUAGCUUUAAAAGACCAGUAUUGUUGUUUGCUUUGGACCAUAUUACUAUGUUUUGUAGCUGAAAGAAGUUUCAGAAUCUUUGUACUGUGUAUGCAGUUUCGAAUGUUUUGUUAUCUAUUGUUUGGUUUUUGCACUUGA